AGUGGAGAUAACUAUUACAUCUCUUGAAGAACAUUGAAUAUCAUUAAUGAAUUACUAGGUGACCUGCCUAGUAGCGAUGGGCAAGUUUGGGAGUAGAUCCAUCGCUUCCCGCCCCAAACCAUUUCAAACAAAUCGUAUUUCUGCAAAACACUCAUCAUGGAAGGGUCCAUUUCGCUUCUUCGACCUCCCUUCCGAGCUUAGAUAUCAUAUCUUAAAGCUCAUCCUCCUCGAAGGAGGGUUCACCCAUAGCGAUGUCAUUCACCUCUUCCAAACCUGUCAACAAGUAUAUGCCGAGGCUGCUUCAAUGUUCUACCAUGAAGUCUAUUUAGAUAACCUGCACUUUGAAGAGGUUGUCAAUACUUUCUUGACGGGGCCCUUUACCAGAGUAGCCCCGCGCCAGUACGUGCGAAACUUGACCAUCAAGUUCGCCUUGAAGGAACAUGUCCAUCUGUUUGGGGAAUCAUACGGCGCUGCCAUAAACGCCAUGGCCGAGAAAGGGACACUCCAAACUCUCAGAUUAGAAAUUGGGAACAAUUUCCCUUGCAAUGAGUUCUGGGGUGACGAAGAUGAGACGUGUGUUUAUGAAGACGUUCGCGUCGCAGCUGGGAAAGGAAAAGGGGCAGUACUAUCAGCGCCUCUAUUUAUAACGGAGAUGCCAUUCCAGAGCUUCCUAAGAUUUCUCGAGGGGUCCAAGGUCCCAAAGAUCACACUCCACGUCGAAGCUGAUGAUCAUUCCAAAUUAUGGUGUCCGUUUCAUCGGUCUCCUCCGUCCGGCGCGAAAUGCGACGGAGAAUUUAUGGGCUUCCCGGGACUGCUAAGAAUCAAAACCCGGAGUUUAAUAGGAACUCUCAAAGGAGCAACGAGCUGUUUAUCUAGCAUAUGAGGGGGUACUACCAUUUAUCCGGCAUUGUUUGACUGGGUUAACAUUGCCUUGUCGAAAGCCAUGUUCAGAUUGCGACUGGACACUAUUGCAGUUAUAAGAGUAGCAAUGUCGCUAGGGAUACCGCAUCGAAUGGUACGCGAGUACGCGGGCACACGCUAA